AUGCCGACGACACUUUACCAGCAACCAUUAGACACCCACCUGUUCGAUCACUUACGCUACAUGAAGAUUGGUCGGACUGAGGAGGAACAUCGGCUGGAUGUAGCACGAAUUCGCAUGUGGUUAGCCGACACAAGAAGGAUCGUCGGUUUGUUUCCCUCCUUCCUGCAACCCUGGAUCAAGCCCAUCGCAGGUUUUUAUGCCAUGUACAUGAUUGUGGCAGCCGAGAGGAAAGAGAAAGAGAGACUUGAAUCCGAGAGGCUGGUAUGAGUAGCUCCCCUCUGGAUUGAGAACGUGUAAAUGGGUAGGAACUAUCUCUUUCCUGCUCUCCCCGGUUGAGCCUGACAAGAUACCAAUCAGUUACAACCUUCACCGUCUCAGUCAGCGCAUUUUGGCGUAUGUUCGACCAGGCAAGAGCUGAUGGCGCCCCUUUCAAUCCACUGGUAUGCUUCAACAAUACCGCAGAUCAUGUUCGGGCAAUUCAUGGCAGGCUCGAACAAAGUUUGGGUUUUUAGAUCAUGA